AUGCGGACAUCUACGGCAGAAGAACAGACAUCUCCUGUGCCGAUGACAGUCGUGCGUCGUGAACCCAUAGCCACCGUGGUCAAACUUCCCGCGAAACGUGAAGUGCGUAUGGGCAAUUUGAUUUCAAAGGAUGGGGCGCCCUCUCCUACCACCGACAGUGAGGUGGAUCAGCCGGAAACGGUCGUUCGCCCGUCCAGAGCUAAACUGGCACCUACGUCAGUUCCGUGUAGCGUCACGUUAGAUGUACUAGAUUUUUCAACAAUUACUCCAGCUUCCAGUCGUCAGCGACGUAGACGUGUUCUAUCCAAACUGGAUUCUCUC